AUGCGUUUCAUUACUUGGAUCCAAAAGAGUUUUAUCAGUUGUAAACAUCAUCUAACAAAUAAUAGUCUUGAGAGUAUUAUUUGGUUGGUUAACUUGGUACCAUCGAAAGCAGGCUUUUCUAUAUUGAAAGAGACUACUUCUGCACCAUUCUGGAUAGUACAUUUCUCUCUGCUUUUCUAUGUAUAUGUUGUUGGCAAUGUCGUGUAUCAAGUAAAAUUUGCUCAAGGCGCCGGUGAUUUUAUAAAGAGCUAUGUCAAUAUAUCUAUAUUGAUAAUAGCAUCCAACAACAGCUACUGGUUUAUAAUGAAAAGACCGCUCCUGAGAACUGUACUUGAACAAGUUGAACGAAAUGAUCGGCUAGCGUCGGAUUGUGAAUUUCUGAAGGAAAAGCAUGUGCAGCUUUUGUCUGUUAUCAAGAAGAUUGUGAUAGCUUUGUAUGGAUCUAAUCUCUUGGAUGCCGUUUUUAUUUAUUUUCCAAACCGAAUUAAUCUAUCGAAUAAUUAUUUUUCCAUGUCACCUUGUGUUGGUCUAGAACCUUUGGAUAAAUCACCGAAUCGUGAUAUAUGUCAUGCAAUAUUAUUAACACAAGAACUAUCAAUAGCGACAGUACUUCUCCACUAUCAAGCUCUUCUGCUGUUUCUAAUAGCUCAUACUACAGCGAUGUAUAAGUUGCUUUCUGCGGAGAUGCUUGCCUUCGACGAGUACGAAGAUUGCCAGGAAAGCAGUGACAUUAUAAAAAAACGUUUGCCGUUUCUUAUUGAGCGUCAUGCUUUGAUAUUGGAUAUUAUAAAAAAUCUUAAAGCGUUAUACAGCAUGCCGAUUGGAGUUAAUUUUGGUUCUAACGCCGUUUGCAUCAGUUUGUUUUUCUACUUGCCUUUACCAGAAUGGUUGAUGUUCACUCCCAUACUUUUUUAUUGCUUUCUUGUUUUCUUUUUGUACUGUUUUCUUUGUCAGAGGUUGAUUAACGCUUCGGAACAUUUUGAGAAUGCAAUCUACAGUUGCGGGUGGGAGAAGUUCGAGUUAAAUGAGAAGAAAACAAUAUACCUCAUGUUACUGCUGGCACAGAAGCCUGUCACUCUUUUAGCUGCUGAUAUUAUACCAGUUAACAUUUAUACAUUUGCUACAACAUUGCAAGCGAUGUUUAAAUUUGUUACUGUAGUCAAAUUUUAAUAAUAUUUACUUCGUUGCACAUGCCUAAUCUUAUAAUUAAUAUGUAAUUAGUUUAAUUUAUCUUUGCACGUCAUGCUAUGUGUUUUAUUAAAUUUCACAUUAAUAUUAUUACGUAGU